UCACCUCCUCCUCCUUAAGCGGAAAUCAGGUGCAGGUUGACGCUGCGGCGCUGACCAGGCAAGACGGUCGGCCGGACCCGGAGCUUUUAGUCAUGGUGUUCGAGUCUCUGGUCAGCGACCUACUCAACAAAUUCAUCGGAGACUAUGUGGAGAACCUGGACAAGUCCCAGCUGAAGAUAGGGAUCUGGAGUGGGAAUGUGGUUCUUGAAAACUUGAAAGUGAAAGAAAAUGCUUUGAGUGAGUUUGAUGUCCCAUUCAGAGUGAAAGCUGGACAGAUCGGGAAACUAACAUUGAAGAUCCCAUGGAAGAACCUGUACAACGAUGCUGUGGUGGCCACGUUGGACGGCCUAUACCUGCUGGUGGUUCCUGGAGCGACUAUAAAGUAUGAUGCGGUGAAGGAGGACCGUUACCAGCAGGAGCUAAAGCAGAGGGAACUGCAGCGUAUCGAAGAUGCUCUGCAGAUGGCAGCACGCAGAGCAUCUCAAACUGGAGAUCUCCUCUUCGAUCUGGAGACGGUGGUUUACCGGGACCCUCACCAUGUCUCAAAAGGACAUAAAAAACAAAAAAAGCGCAAAAAAGGUUUGAAGAAACUGAAACGACACGACAACAAACCAGAAAAACCACAGGAAGAGAAAAAAGAUACAUUUAUGGAGAAACUGGCCACUCAGGUGAUCAAAAACCUGCAGGUGAAGAUCAGCAGCAUCCACCUGCGUUAUGAGGAUGAUCUGUCAGACCCACAGCGCCCCCUGUCUAUGGGAGUCACACUGUCAGAGCUCAGCCUGCAGACCACUGAUGAAAACUGGAAGGCGUGUAUCCUGAAUGAAGCAGCAAAGAUCAUCUACAAGCUCGGUCGCCUCGAGUGUCUGUGUGCGUACUGGAAUGUCAACAGCCCAAUGUUCUACAAAGGAUCAUGGGAAGACAUUGUGGUGCAGUUGAAGUCUGGGAUCAGCAGUAAACAGCAUGAGCAGCCUCACUAUCAGUACAUUUUUAGGCCCAUUUUUGCUUCAGCUAAAAUGUGCAUCAACCCCAACGCUGAGCUUGAGCUGAAGACUCCAAAAGCUCAGCUGCACCUGGAGGUUCAGAACAUCGCCAUAGAGAUGACCAAACCACAGUACCUGACCAUGGUGGACGUGUUGGAGUCCAUCGACUGUAUGGUGAAGAAUGCUCCCUACAGGAAGUUCAGACCUGAUAUCCCCGUUCACAGAAAUGCCAAAGUCUGGUGGAAGUACUUCUUUAACAGCAUCCUGGAGGUCCACAUCAGGCGCUGUAGCCACAUGUGGUCCUGGACCAGCAUCAAACAGCACCGUGACAACCUGAGGGCCUACAGAAGCGCCUAUAAGACCAAACUACUCAACCCGAGCCGGCCAAGUCCUGAGACCGACCGCCAGAUCCAGGAUCUGGAAAAAGUUUUGGACGUCUUUAACAUCACUUUGGCACGGCAGCAGGCACAAAUGGAGGUGAUCCGUUCGGGGCAGAAGUUGGUAGCGAAGAAGGCGGCAGGGGGACAGAAACAGGGAGGAUGGUCCAUCGGCAGCUGGUUCAGUCGGAGAUCCAAGAAAGAGGAGCAAGAGCCGGAGGAGAGCAAGGAAGAGCAAAGCUCAGGUUUGGACGAGAUCAUGACUACUGAGGAGAAGGAGAAGCUGUACACGGCCAUCGGCUACAGCGGUAGCUCUCACAACCUGGCUUUACCUAAGCAGUACGUUGCCAUCGUCGUCACCUUCCAACUCCUCAAGACUUCAGUGACCAUCAGAGAGCAGCCUGAUGUCCCAGAGAUCCUCCAAGUCCAAAUUAUUGAUCUCAGCACCAAAAUAUCUCAAAGACCAGGAGCUCAGGCCAUCAGGGUGGAGGCAGCGCUGGAGCACUGGUUUGUGACUGGUUUACAGCAGCAGGGGGCGGUGCCUUCACUAAUCACCUCUGUGGGAGACUCCACCUCCUCGCUGCUCAGUGUUAUGUUUGAGAUAAACCCUGAAGACAGUUCUGCCGACCAGAUGCUCCGAGUCCACUCGCAGCCUGUUGAGAUCAUCUAUGAUGCGCUGACGGUCAACAGCAUGGCUGAAUUCUUUAAGACUGGGAAAGGGGUCGACCUGGAGGUGCUGACGUCUGCCACGCUGUCAAAACUGGAGGAAAUCAAAGAGAAAACAGCCACAGGUUUGUCUCACAUCAUUGAGACCAGGAAAGUUCUAGACCUGAAGGUGGACUUGAAGCCCUCUUACCUGCUUCUGCCAAAAUCUGGCUUCUACAGUAAUACAUCAGACCUGAUCAUUGUGGAUUUUGGCAGCUUACAGUUUAACAGUGUGGAACAGAGUACAAGAAACUCAUCUUCAUCCUCCUUCUCCUCUCUGGAGGAGAUCAUGGACCGAGCCUAUGAGAGAUUCAGUGUGGAGCUGCGACGAGUCCAGGUGCUCUACACCAAGUCAGGUGGGGCCUGGAAGGCGGCCCGUUUGCAGGGUUCAUCAGUGCAGCACAUCCUCCAGCCAAUGGACUUCACCGUUCAGCUGGCGAAGUGCAUGGUGGAGAAGGAUGCCCGAAUGCCCAGGUUUAAGGUUUCCGGAGAGCUACCGCUUCUGCACGUCAAGAUCUCAGACCAGAAGAUCCAGAAUGUCCUGGAGCUGGUCGACAGCAUCCCACUGCCCAACAUGAACUCUGCCCCCUCCACCCCCACUGAAAAGGUGCUGUCUUUGGCUGAGGCACGACCUCGAGUACUUGAUCUUCACCCCUCCAUCCUUCACACCAUGGAAACGGAUUCAGAUGAAGACACCAGUGAGAAGUCGCUGGAUGAGGAUCACCAGCGCUCAGUUCUCGAGGAACUCACUGAAUUUCAAUUCAAGUUUGAAGUCAAAGAGGUGCUGUUGGAGCUGACCCAGCAGGCGGAUCAGGAGAAGACCAUCCUGGCCCUCAGUGUGUGUCAGCUGGGAGCUGAGGGAAAGGGGCGGAGCUUUGACCUGAGCGUCACCUCCUACCUGCACAGAGUCACCUUAGAUUACUGUGACGUACCAGGUGGGAGGAGUCCGCUUCACCUCAUCAGCUCCUCAGAACAGCACGGCUCUGACUUGCUGAAGGUGGAGUACGUCAAGGCUGACCCUGCUGGCCCCAGCUUCCAGACGUUGUUUGACAACACCGAGCAGACACUGAAGGUGGAGUUUUCUACGUUGGACUUCCUCCUUCACACCAAAGCGCUGCUGUGCACUGUAAACUUCCUGAACGGUGCCUUGCCACCUCAGUUCACUGCCACUCGUGAACGGGAUGCAAAAAAGCAGGUGGUGAAGGCAGGACAGGGAAGGACAGUGUCUAAAGGUGGCAAAGACGGUGGCAUCUUCACCUUCAAACUGUUCGCCAUGUUGGGUUGUUUCCACGUGGAGGUGUGUGAUGAUCGCCGCAGCAUCGCCGACAUCAGAAUCCAAGGAAUUGAUGCGUCUGUGCUGGUGCAGGUGAAGGAAACAGAGGUGUUUGCUCGACUCAGAGACAUUGUGGUCACAGAUGUCAACCCCACAACCAUCCACAGAAAGGCGGUGUCCAUCGUGGGUGAGGAGGUGUUCAGCUUUAAGCUGUCCUUGUUUCCGGGGGCGACAGAAGGCGACGGCUACAGUGACAUGUCACAGGUUGAUGGGAAAGUGACGAUGCGACUGGGCUGCAUCCAGAUCGUCUACCUGCAUCAGUUCCUCAUGUCCCUGCUGGCUUCUUUUAGCGUUCACUGUGCGUCUGCUGACGAGAUGUUCAUUGACAACUUCCAAACAGCCAAACAGGCUCUGAGCGCUGCGACCGCUCAGGCAGCUGAGAAGGCGGCGUCCAGUGUUCGAGACUUCGCCCAGAAGAGUUUCCGCCUGUCCACUGACAUCAAGCUGAAGGCUCCACUCAUCAUCAUCCCACAGUCCUCCAUCUCCCAGAAUGCCGUGAUGGUGGACCUGGGUCUGAUCACGGUGGGGAACAGCUUCUGUUUACAUCCCACUGAAGGCUUUGAUCUUCCAGCCGUGGUGGAGAAGAUGGAAGUGAAACUAACGCAGCUGAAGCUGUCCAGGACGACAUUGAAAAAAGACUCCUCACCAGACAUCCAGAUCCUUCAGCCAAUCAGCUUUGAGCUUCUUGUCACCAGAAACCUGUCUGCCUCCUGGUUCAGCAAAAUCCCUGGAGUCCAGGUCCAGGGAGUCCUCCGGUCCCUCAAUAUGAGUCUUGGUGAGGAGGACCUCAGUGUCCUGAUGAAGAUCAUGAUGGAGAACAUUGCAGAGGGCAGUAAGGAGCACAGACAUGUGGUUCAAGGUAACUCCACCCCAGUGCAUGAUGGGAAACCAGGCUUGAAUUUGAAUAUAUAUUUUAACCCAUUUCCCUCCACAGAAAAGACAGAGCUUCCUGAGCAGCAAGCGGAGGCAUCACCGUUACCAUGGCGACCUGCAGGCGAGUCACCAGCGAUAGGCCAAGGUCUGACUGAAAACAUCAUUAACAUCCUCCUCAAGUUUGAAAUUAACGAGGUGCUGCUGACGCUCAAGAAACCCAAAGAGCAGCAGGAGUCUCCUUUCCUGGUUCUGCAUUUUGCUCGCCUGGGCAUCGACACCAAAGUCAGGAAGUAUGACACCUGUGCCACAAUUUACAUCAAAGAGAUCACCAUGAAGUGCCUGGAGUUCAAAGACUCGAACGGCGAGCCGCUGUGUCUCAUCAGCUCGUCAGUGGAGUCCGGUGCUGAACUGCUCAAAGUGCAAUACUUCAAGGCUGACCGCUGUGGACCGAACUUCUCAUCCGUCUACAAAAACACUGAACAAAUGAUCAAUGUGACCUUUACCUCUCUCGAUCUGAUGCUUCACACUGAGGCUCUGCUGUCGUCCAUUAACUUCCUGUCGGUGGUGAUGUCACCUGACAGCACGCCAUCUGCAGAUAAAGAGAUCAGACUGAAAACAGACGACAAGACAGUGUCAACCAAAUCCACUGCCCUGGUGUCACCUGUAGACACGGAGGUCAUUGACCUGAAGGUGAUGAUGAAUCUAGGAGCCUUCAACGUCCUGGUGUGUGACCAGAGCUGCAACAUGGCUGACAUCAAGAUCCAAGGUAUUAAUGGCUCUUUGUUGAUGCAAGGACCGCAGACUUAUCUUUCUGCUCGUUUGAGGGAUUUCAUUGUCGUCAAUGUUGAUCCUAAAUGUAUCUACAAGAAGGCCAUCUCCAUUGUGGGUGAUGAGGUUUUCAGCUUUACUAUGAGUCUGACUCCAAAUGCCACAGAGGGCGCAGGAUACGCCGACACCUCCAAAACUGAUGGACGCGUGAAGCUGAACGUGGGCUGCAUCCAGGUGGUCUACCUGCACAAGUUCAUCAUGUCUCUGCUGAACUUCACCAACAACUUCCAAGUGGCUAAAGAGGCUCUGAGUGCUGCGACCGCUCAGGCAGCUGAAAAGGCAGCGUCCAGUGUUCGAGAUUUCGCCCAGAAGAGUUUCCGUCUGUCCACUGACAUCAAACUGAAGGCUCCGCUCAUCAUCAUCCCCCAGUCCUCCACCUCCCAUGAUGCACUUGUGAUGGACCUGGGUCUGAUCACAGUGGGGAACAGCUUCUCGCUGCAGCCUGUUGAUGGGUGUCCGCUGCCAGCGAUCAUUGACAACAUGGACGUGGAGCUGACGCAGUUGAAACUCUCCAGAACCUGCAUGGACCCGGGGUCAGGUCGACCCAGCAUCGAGCUGCUGGAACCAGUAAACCUGCGCCUGAGUGUUCGCAGAAACCUGGCAGCAUCUUGGUACAAAAAGAUGGCAGCUGUGGAGAUAGAUGGAGAUAUGAAGCCAAUGAAGUCUACAUGUCCACCACCAAAGGUGGAGCUCAGUCAAGGUGACCUGAAGGUGCUGCUCCGGAUCCUGACAGAAAACCUAGGAGAGGCCAGUAGUCUAGAGCCCACUGCCCCCCGACAGGAGACCGUUCUGCAGGUUCAAGCAUCGGGAGGGCCCCCCACAGAAGAUGUUGGAAAACAGAGUAUCAUCAGUUCUGAAGAUGAAGAUGAAUCUCUAGAGACAAUCAAGUUUAACUUUAACAUUGAGUCACUGGGACUGGUUCUGUACAGUAAUGAUCCCAAACAGCCCUUAGGCCUCCAGCACCAGGAGAACCUCCGCCUGGGACGGUUCGCCCUCCACCUGCUGAAGGCUUCAGGGAAGGUUUUGAACAACGGCAGCAUGGAGGUGAGCACCAUCCUCACCGACUGCACGCUGGAUGACCUGAGAGUGGACAUGGAUAGGGUGACAUCACGGAUGAUCGGCAGACGUGAUGAAGAAAGUGGUGAGGUGAUGAUCGAUGUGACGUACCGGCAGAACAGCAGAGAACGUGAGGUGGUGGCUGUCCUGCAGAAGCUGCAUGUGUGUGCCAGCGUGGAGUUUUUGAUGGCUGUAGGAGAGUUCUUCCUGCAGGCUCUUCCACAGGGUCAGACUCCACCCACCGGCCUGGCACAGAGUGAGAGACUCCCACUGAGACAAACGACAGAGCCACGCAGCAGUGACUCCAGGACUGCUCCUGUGUCGAAGAUGCGUGUCCGUGCUGUGGUGGUGGACCCUGAGGUGGUGUUUGUGGCAAACCUGAUGAAGGCGGAUGCCCCAGCUCUGGUGGUCUACUUCCAGUGUGACUUCAGUCUGCAGGCAGGGGAAAAUGGAGGUCAGAACAUGAGAGCCAACCUCAGGGAGCUCAAAGUUCUUGCCUGUCCCUUCAUCUGCAACAAAGACGACAAGGCUGUCACCACCGUGCUGAGGCCCUGCUCUGUCGCCUUGGAGACCAAAACUCACCCCAACCAACCACUGAGUGGCUCUGUAACGGUGGAGGAAGUCAUUGUCAAGAUCUCCCCAUUCAUCCUCAACACAGUCAUGACAAUAACAGCUGCUAUGACAACCAAACAACGGGAUGAGCAGAGCCAGCAGUCCACCCUGGACGUCAACAACCUCUGGUCUGUCAUGAACAUUUUCGCAUGUAACUUCUGGUUUUUGGGGGUCGACCAGGCAACCGAGAUCACUGAGAGCUUCAGAGAACAGGAUGGACGCAAUGAGGGUGAGAACUUCGCUGCUCAGAUCAAGGUGGUCCAGGUGACACUUGAGUCAGGUUUAGGUCACCGAACUGUCCCUCUACUGCUCGCCGAGUCCUCCUUCAGCGGAUCAGCCAAGAACUGGUCGUCUCUCCUAAAGCUCAGAGCCGACAUGACGCUAGAGGUGAAUUAUUUUAAUGAGGUUCAUGCCGUCUGGGAGCCACUGAUAGAACGAGUUGACAGUGGCAGACGUAGAUGGAACCUGGAGCUGGAGAUGAAGAACAACCCAGUUCAGGACAGAAGUCCUGUUCAUGGAGAUGACUUUGUCAUCCUUCCUGAGCCUCGUACAGCUGUUAACAUCUGUUCCAAAGACACCAUGAACAUCACCAUCUCUCAGUGCAGCCUUAAUGUCUUCCAAAACCUCGCCAAGGCUUUCUCAGUGGGCACAGCCUCCACCUUUGACUACUCUCUGAAUGAGAAGGCCCCCUUCACGAUCAAAAAUGCACUUGGGAUACCCCUCAUUGUGCAGCACAGUGCAAACCUGAGGCCGGUGCGUUCAGUGCAGCAGGGAAAAUUACACGAGCUGGCGGUGAACCAGAGUAUGGACCUGGAGCACUCUGUGUUUGAAGCAUCGUCCCGCGGCAAACUGUCAGCUCUGCAACGGCAAGAGAGCUGCCUGUUCAACCUGAGCAUCGUGCCCUCUGGCUACAGUGAGAUCUCAAACAUUUCUGUGGACAAACCAGGCCGUCGUCUCUACAACAUCCGCGGUCCAAUGCUGCAGGAGGCAGUGUCUGUGCUGAUGCAGAUUGAUGCCGCAGAAGGCAACAAAGUCAUCACUGUCCGCUCACCGCUGCAGAUAAAGAAUCAUUUCUCAGUGCCAUUCACCAUCCUGAAGUACUGUCCAACAUCCAAGAGCCUGCAGAUUGUUGGACAAGCGGAACCUGAGAGAGAAUUCCACAUUGCCUUAGAAACCUACAGGUGUCAGCUGUUUUUGCGUCCAGCGGGCUGUCUGGACGGUCAGUAUGGGCCGUCCUCUACCUGUGUGUCAUGGAAGGAGCAGGUGCAUCGCAGCUCAGAGGUGCGAUCUAUGCUGCAGUGUCCAGCCACUGACAGCAGCCUGCUCCCGCUGAUGGUCAGCAUACUGGCUGUGCCCGAUGAUCUGCGCCACAUUGAUGACCACGGGGAGGAGGACUGGGAUCCAGCCUAUGUCAUCCACCUCCACCCAGUGGCAACACUCAGAAACCUGCUGCCCUACACCAUCCGCUACAUGCUGGAGAGCUCAGCAGACUCCUAUGAGCUCCAGGAAGGCAGCACGUCCGACCUCCUGAACGCUCGUAUCUCAGGUGAGAUUAUGUCGUUGGUACUGAAGAAGUAUCAGGGUCGCGACUGGCAUGGACACGUCCGCAUCGAACAGGACAUUCCUGAGUUCUUUGCAGUCUGCCUAACCUGCGACAGUGACACCAGCAUGACGGUGGACGUAAACUUGCAUAUAUCGAGGACGGCGAGCCGGCUGGUCCUGUCUCUGUUCAGCCCAUACUGGAUUAUCAACAAAACGUCCAGAGUGCUGCAGUACCGAGCUGAAGACGUGAGCGUCAAACACCCAGCUGACUACCGAGACAUCAUCUUGUUCUCCUUCAAGAAGAAGACUCUGUUCAGCAAGAGCAAGCUGCAGUUAUGUGUCUCCACCAGCUCCUGGUCUGACGGUUUCUCUCUGGACACGGUGGGGAGUUACGGCUGCGUUCGCUGUCCCGGCACCAACAUGGACUACCUGGUCGGUGUCAGUAUCCAGAUGAGCAGUUUUAAUCUGACCCGCAUCGUCACUAUGAGUCCGUUUUACACCCUGGUUAAUAAAUCCUCUUAUGAGCUGGAGGUGGGAGAAGUGCUCAGUCAGACGUCCACUAGGUGGCACUACAUCGCCUCCACUGAAUGUGUCCCUCUGUGGCCAGAGAACACAUCAGGGCAGUUGUGUGUCCGUGUUGUCGGAUCUGAAUCCGCCUCCAAGUCCUUCUUCUUUAACAAGCAGGACAGUGGCACUCUACUGAAACUCGAUGUGUGUGGUGGUCUUAUCGUGGAUACUAACAACUCAGAUCACUCCACUGUCAUCAGCUUCAGUGAUUACUAUGAAGGAGCAGCCCCUGCUCUGCUCAUCAACCACACACCCUGGGUCACCAUCAGCUACAAGCAGAGUGGCUCUACGGUGGUCCGCCAGCUGAAACCCGGUGAGGCUCAGAGGUUUGCGUGGGAUGAUCCAGCUGGUGUUCGAAUGCUCAGCUGGAGCUGUAUGGAGCACUCUGGAGAGCUGGACCUGCUAAAGGAUGAGGUGGGUCAGUUCUCCUACGACAGCCUGUCCCAGGUCCACUGGGUGUCCUUCCUUGAUGGACGCCAGCGGGUGCUGCUGUUCACAGAAGACGUCAGCGUGGUGACAAAGGCUCGGCAGGCAGAGGAACUUGAGCAGUUCGAACAGGAAGUCAGAGUCUCAUUACAGAAUCUGGGCCUGUCUCUGGUCAACAACAGCAGUCGGCAGGAGAUAGCAUACAUCGGUAUCACCAGCUCAGGUGUAGUUUGGGAGAUGAAACCAAAGAACCGCUGGAAGCCAUUCAGUCAGAAAAACAUCAACCUGUUGGAGAAAACCUACCAGAAUCAGCUGAGUGGGAAGACAGAGGGGGGGUGGGUCAAACUGGAGACCAACCUAGAGGUGAACCUCGGCAGCACCACCAUGAUGAUGCGUCAGCCAAUCCACUGUCCAGUGAGGAGGAACUUCCUGUCAGGGAUCCAGGUGGAGUUCAAACAGUCGCAGCAUCAACGGAGUCUGAGGGCACAGCUACACUGGUUGCAGGUGGACAACCAGCUUCCAGGUGCAAUCUUCCCCAUCAUCUUCCAUCCUGUUCCUCCUCCAAAAUCCAUCGCUUUGGACUCAGAGCCGAAGCCAUUCAUCGAUGUUUCCAUCAUCACCAGGUUCAACCAGCACAGCAACGUCAUGCAGUUCAAGUAUUUCAUGGCUCUGGUUCAGGAGAUGGCGGUCAAGAUCGAUCAGGGUUUCCUCACAGCCAUCUUGGCUCUGUUUACACCUGCUGCUGACCCUCAGGCUGACAAACAGAAGUCCCGGCUGAUUGACAGAGAUGUGCAGAUGCUGCAGGCGGAGCUCAUGGAGGCAUCGCUGACCGACACAUCAGGACUGAGUUUCUUUGAACAUUUCCACAUUUCCCCCAUCAAGCUCCAUCUCAGUCUGUCUCUGGGCUCCAGUGGUGAGGACGCGGCUCAGGAAACAGCAGCCGUCCAGUCACUGAAUCUGUUACUGAAAAGCAUCGGAGCGACUCUGACCGAUGUUGACGACCUCAUUUUUAAACUCGCCUUCUUUGAAGUGAAGUACCAGUUUUACCGUAGAGAGAAGCUGAUGUGGGCGGUGGUCCGUCACUACAGCGAACAGUUUCUGAAGCAGAUGUAUGUCCUGGUUCUGGGUCUGGAUGUUCUGGGAAAUCCAUUUGGACUGAUCCGGGGUCUGUCUGAGGGGGUCGAGGCAUUUUUCUAUGAGCCAUUCCAGGGAGCAGUUCAAGGUCCAGAGGAGUUUGCUGAAGGUUUUGUGAUUGGAGUCCGCAGCCUGCUGGGCCACACUGUCGGUGGCGCUGCAGGUAUGGUGUCCAGGAUCACAGGCUCAGUGGGUAAAGGUCUGGCAGCCAUCACUAUGGACAAAGAAUACCAACAAAAACGACGAGAGGAGAUGAACCGACCGCCCAAAGACUUUGGAGAGAGUUUAGCUAAAGGUGGAAAAGGACUGCUGAAGGGUGUUGUGGGUGGAGUUACAGGCAUCGUCACCAAGCCUGUGGAGGGGGCAAAGAAGGAGGGUGCCGCUGGCUUCUUUAAAGGCAUCGGUAAAGGUCUGGUGGGUGUGGUGGCCCGGCCCACUGGCGGCAUCGUGGACAUGGCGAGCAGCACGUUUCAGGGCAUCCAGAGAGGUCAUGAAAGAGCGGCAGAGUCCACAGAGGAAGUGACCAAACUCCGCCCAGUGCGUCUGAUCAGGGAGGACGGCAUCAUCAGACCGUAUGACCUGACAGAAUCCAAGGGUUACGACCUUUUCCAGCGCUCUGAGAUCAAGCAGCUGGACGGUGAAGUCUUCCGGGACCACUGUCCUUAUCCUGGACACAGAAAGACAAACAUUAUUGUCACCAACAGGAGGGUUGUGUGCAUGAAGGAGGUGGACUUUGUGAACCACUUUCACAAAGAAUGGGAGUGUUUGUUUGAGAACUUCUAUCGUCCUCCUGCAGUGAUGGGAACUGAGCUGAAGAUCUACUGCAAGGAUCAGCAGAAGUUGAAGCUUCCAAAGAAAGACGGUCAGGAGGCGGUGAGGACGGUUCAGCUUGGAGAUACAAACACUGCACAGAAGCUGCAGGCGGCGAUAUCAGACGCUCAGGUGGCGCGGCAGCAGCACCGCAUGGCGAGGCAGAAGUCUCAGCGCUUCCUGAAACCGACCAACAAGCAGUGAGGUCACUUCCUGUAUUCUGUAUAAAUGAGAAAUUAGAGAUUUGUGUUAAGAUGAAGGGGUUCUCACUUUAAUCAGUAUGAGCACUGUAAUUACAUAAACUUAAUCAUGAAAUGUUUUAGUCAUCCUUAUCGACAUUUUCUUCAACAUCAGAUGUAUGUUGUGUGUUUCCAUGGUAACUGAUGACAAUGAAGGUGUGAGAUUUGACUAAAUGUUCAGAUGCUAAAAGGUUAAAGGUUUUUUUUUUCAUCAGGGACUGAGACAGAUGUGAGUUUUAGUGAGGUUUUUUUUUUUUUUUUUUUAAUGAUUUACACAUUUUUCUCACAACUGGGGCCUUCAGCUUUCAAAGUAAAAUCCAACUGUUUGGUUUAAGUGUCAGUUUAACCCUCAAAGACCUUUAUAUUAAAGACCGAGAAGUAUUUACAUGGCAACUUCCACAUGAAUUAUUCUCCAAAUGUGACCUUUCUUGAGUGAUUUAUCGUCAUUUAUUAUAAUAUUAUCCUCUAUAUUUGACAUUUCUGUAAAAAUCAGGUAUUUCCAAUAUUUAAUUUUCUGAUCAUGUAGAUGUUCGUAAAAGCUCGGAGUAAAUUCAAAGGUUAUUAUAUCGAAACAGAGAAAACUGAAGCAAAAGUAUAAGUGUUUACAACCACUGCCAUUUGUCAACAUGGGUUUUAUUGUUGAAUUAAUGUUGCAGAUGAUGACUGUUUAUUCCAUGUGUAAUACCGAGCCUCUGAAUGUCCAAAUAAGACACAUCUGAUUCCACUGAAAAGCUGUUAAACUGUAUUUUACCUGAAUUAUUUCAACAUAUCGAUAGGAUAAGUGGUUUAGAAGUUAUUAAACAUUUUAUACCCGUACAUGCUUUUGGUUGUGGUGGCUGUUCAGGUGUUUGAGGGUUAAACGACACAACAGGCUCUUAUUUUGAAAGCGUACAAACCGGACAAAGAUCAUGUGACCGAAAUCUGAACACACUUCCAUUGAGGUGGGUUUUGUUGCUUUAAUUGUUUAUCUUACAGAAAAAAAUCAACUUGCUGUUUAAUUAAAAUCAAAAAUCAGAUGUGGAAUCUGAUUGGCAGGUAGAGGAGCCAAUUAGAAACGAGGUGAGCUGAUUCAAAAUAAUCAUUAAUCCUGUAGUCUGCCAACGAACCUGCACAGAUUUAGUUAAUUUAGAUCAUGGGGAUGCACAUAGAUAGUGCUUUCUGUAAAUAAAUCUAAAAGUGGAGAUACUUGGAAGAAUGUGAUUUUUUUUUUUUUUUUUUUUUUUUUUAUAGUACUGUCUAGUUUGAGGGUUUUUUGGGUAAUUUUGUCCCUGCUGUUUGCCUGCAGGCUGCACUAUCAUGUGGAGAUGAAGCCAUAGAAUGAAUGUAGGAAUGAUGGUGAAUGGUGAUGGUAUGUGAAACGAACAGUAUGCUGUAUGCUGACUUUUACUUAACAAUGAAGAUCUGAUACUAUGAGUUCAUGUACUUUAACACAGAAGCAAAUAACAGACUGAUACAAUCAAAUGUCUGAGCGUAAAACUGAUCUCAGAAUUGAAAUUUUCUGUUCACAUGAAAAAAAAAAAAAAACAAUUCAAAUGUUUAAACAUGGAUAUUUCUUUCAUUAAUAAAUAA